AUGGGCAUCGAAGUGCCUUAUGAUGGAUUGAAUUUUGAUCACCGGGAGACAUUGCGGGCUUUCUGUGAUGCUUCAUAUCCUGGAGAAGAACUUCACGAAUGUGCUCCGUUUUCCUUUCACAAGGGAUGGUGGUUUCAUAUCAUUGGAGAACUUAUUUUUCUUUGGAAGGACCUUCUCCAAAAGCAAGAAGGUGAUCGAGCAAUGUGGAAGUACCCAUUUGCAUUAGCCGAUGUUAACAUCACAUUCACGCCAACUCAAAUGCUUGAUCUUGAAGCAGGGAGGGAGACUGAGUUGUCGAUUGUUCUGGAAAUGAUUGAAGUCCACAAACUGUACACUGCAUCAGGGACAGAGCUAGAAAUUCCGUGCAAGGAGGCUAAUUGA